UUUGAUUUCUGAACAUAAUUUCUCUGUUGUUUGCCCUCGUUUUGAAAACGCUUACACUUGGAAGUCAGUGCUGCGUGUUUAUACUUAAAAAUAUCAACAAAUAGUAUAGCUGGUAUAUAGACUAGCAAGCCGGCAAGAUGACCGCACCCGUGAGUCAGGAAAAUUAUGGUAAGAAGUUUGAUUAUGAUGCACAAUGGGCAGGUCCUUUGAAUAUAGAACGAAAGCGAACAGACUUUCCUUUCAUAAUUUCAUUUGGUAUUUACCUUGUCUUAUGGAUUGGAAUCGCAAUCUAUGCUUUUAAUAUGGGAAAUUUAGGAAUGAUGAUUAAUACAGGAGAUGUAGGAAUAAUCAAUGAUCAUGACUUGACGAGUAGUCCACAUAGCAAUGACAGACAUUUUUUUUUUGCUAUAAAAUAUAUUAUUUUUAGAUUUAUUUUAUUGUCGAUCUUUCUGAGUUUGACAUAUAUAAUUUCAUUAAGAUGGUUUGCAAGAAUAAUUAUUUACACAGCAAUUUUCUUUUUUUGUGGAUUAUUGAUUGGUUUAAUUUGUUUGUUCUCAUAUUUGUAUGCAACUAACACUAAAAAUAGUUAUGUAUAUAUACUGCCACUGAUUAUAUUAAUCAUUGCAUUUGUGGUCACAGUAAUUAUUUUCAUUGCGUUUCGCAAGAAAAUUAAAAUUGCUUGUGCUGUUAUAAAAGAAUCAAGCAAGGUUGUUAUAUUUUUUCCAUUUUCGCUACUAUUUCCAAUUCUGCCAUACAUUUUGUAUGCCAUAACUGUAAUUUUCUGUGCAUCCAUUACCAUUUACUUAUCAGUUUUACCAAAAAAUGAAUAUAACGAAACACCUAGCUACAUUUACUUUUUUCAUUUUAUAAAUAUUUUCGGAUUUUUGUGGAUGACAUGCUUUAUAACUGCAUUUUCACAAAUGAUUCUUUCUGGAAGUUAUGCAACUUGGUAUUGGUUCAUGAAUAAAAAAUAUGUUCCAAGCUACACAAUAAUAAGUUUCAUGGCUAUUACUACCAGAUAUCAUCUUGGAACAUUAGCUUUUGGUUCACUCAUCAUAACCAUAUGUAACUUUAUCAAAAUUAUUUUAUAUUCUAUUUCAAGUCGUUUGAGAGGAAAUUGUAAUCCUUUAGCUUAUUUAGUAUUUGGUUGGUAUCGGUAUCUGUUUGGAAACAUCGAGCAAUUAUUACAAUAUAUAAAUUGCAAUGCAUACAUAAUGAGUUGUAUUCAUGGUACAAAGUAUUUAGAAUCAGCAAAAAAUGCAUUUAAUCUUCUUAUGAGAAAUAUCAUAAAUGUUUUGGUAAUCAAUAAAGUGACUGAAGCUAUAUUGGUUCUUGGACAAUUUAUAAUAAUUACUAUUUCAGCCUUAGCCACCUAUGGAUACUGUCAUUAUUUGGGAAUUCCAGAUACUAUUCAAUUUACUGCUAUACUAUUAAUUGUAUUGUCAACAUUAGCAAUUACAUAUUCUUUUUUCAUGGUGCUUAGAAUAGCUAUAAAUACUGUGUUUCUUUGUGUAUUAGAAGAUUUUGAGCGGAAUGAUGGUACCACUGACAGACCAUAUUUCAUGAGUAUUGAAUUAAAAACUUUAUUAUUACAAAACUCAUAAAACUCUUUUUGUAUUUUUUUCUUAUUCUAUAUGUAGAAUAAGAAAAAAUUUAAAAAAAUAUAUAUUCCCUACUUAAAAUUAUAGUGAUUUCAUUAUUAAUAUACAUCAUCUUUCUAAGUUUAUAAAAUAUUUUGUGAAAUAAAUUGUAAUAACUCUUGA